AGACAGGAGAUCCAAGAUGCUGAGGUUCAUUACCGAGCUCUUUAAAUUAAGAUCGUAUGUGAGCCCUGAAAUGUGUAUGUUAUGAACACUAUCUUUCUUACACAGCUCAAUGAAACUUCCCAAGCAUAUUGCCUUGAUUUCUAUACACAUAACCCUUCUCACAAUCUUAGCAAGCAGCGAAACUGAUGAUCGGUUCGCCCUCUUAUCCUUCAAAUCCCUUCUCUCCGACCCUACGAGAACUUUGUCCUCGUGGUCCAACGAAACACUGGAUCCAUGCAAAUGGAUCGGUGUGACCUGCAACAAGUCAGGCAACCCCAGCAGAGUCACUGCCUUAUACCUCGACUCCUUCAACCUCACUGGUCCAAUCUCUCCUUCCUUAUCAAACCUCUCCUUCCUCACUCGACUUCAUCUUGGGAACAAUAAGCUUACUGGUCGCAUCCCAGAAGAACUUGGGCAGCUGCAGCAACUCCGCUACCUCAACAUUAGCUACAAUUCUCUUCGAGGAGACGUCCCCACAUCUCUAUCCAACCUGUCCAGCCUCCAAAACGUUAGCUUCUCCCACAACUUCCUUCAUGGCGAGAUCCCCGCAGGUCUCUCCAACUGCUCUGACCUCCGCGUCCUGUGUCUAGAUAACAACAUGCUAGUGGGAACAAUUCCUGAUUCUUUCGCUUCUUUGAAGAAGCUAUCGUGGCUCUAUCUCAGCAAGAACCAGCUGACAGGGACAAUUCCUGCUUGGAUAGGGGCCAGCAGUAGUAGUAGCUCUUCCACCUUUUCUCGCCUCGACCUAGCGAGCAAUAGCCUCACGGGAGGAAUUCCGGCCUCUACCGGUAACCUCUCGUCACUCAUCCUUCUUACUCUAUCCGACAAUAGACUAGAGGGAGCUAUUCCACCUUCGCUUGGGAACUGCACGGAUCUCCUCAUGCUGGGCCUACGUGAUAACAAGUUGGAAGGAACCAUUCCGGAGAGCCUUGCACGUUUAUCAAACUUGAAGGACUUUGAUGUCUCCUUCAACGAAUUGUCAGGCACGGUUCCUUCUUCUCUUUACAAUCUCACAUCGCUUGGGUCUCUAAGCUUGGGGCUGAACUAUUUUGUCGGAGAACUUCCUGUUAAUAUCGGUCACACUCUUCCGAACCUCCAACAAUUGAUUGUCCAGGGGAACCAAUUUGAAGGGACUAUUCCAGUUUCACUUUCCAAUCUUUCUGGAAUCGAAGUUUUAGACCUUGCCGCAAAUAAGUUUAGCGGUGUUGUGCCACCAAUUUUUGGAGAUCUUCCAUAUCUAUAUCAGCUCAAUCUCUGCGGUAAUCAGUUGAUGGCAGACGAUGCUGAAGGUUGGCGCUUUCUCGCUUCUCUGACCACCUGCACACAGUUAAGCUUCCUAAUUCUUUGCGAUAACCUUUUCGAGGGCGGUUUUCCAAGCCAUAUAACGAAUUUAUCAACAACAUUGGAGGUGAUAUCUCUGUCAGGAAACCAAAUUUCAGGAGCCAUUCCUGCAGAGAUCAAGAACCUCGAGAGCCUCGCUACAAUUGAUCUGUACCAUAAUCUUCUGACGGGCUCAAUUCCAGAAUCGAUCGGAACACUGAAGUCCCUCCAGUUAUUGGAUUUUUCUCACAACAGGUUAUCCGGAGAAGUACCAGCAUCACUUGGCAACCUCAGUAUCCUGGGUCGACUUCUAUUGGGCGAAAAUCUCUUCCGAGGGGUGAUUCCAACUAGCUUUGGAAAUUUUAAUAAUCUCGUGGAGCUCAACCUUUCUUACAAUCAACUUGACGGUAUCAUACCUAAGGAGGUGGUUAGUAUCUCCUCUCUCUCCCAACUUCUUGAUUUGUCGCAUAAUUCAUUGUCCGGCCCCAUUCCAUCGGAAGUUGGAAGACUAAAUAACCUUGCCCGGAUUGAUAUUUCAUAUAACAAACUGUCUGGCAAAAUUCCUAGCACUUUUGGUGAUUGUCAUGUGUUGCAAUACCUCCACCUAGAAAGCAACUCCUUGGAAGGGCCAAUUCCUUCUCGGUUAAGCGAAUUGAAGGGUAUUGAAGAGGUUGAUAUCUCUCAUAAUGAUAUAUCAGGGGAAAUUCCCUACUUCUUAUCGAGAAUUAGUUCUCUGAAAUCGCUUAACCUAUCAUUCAAUCAUUUCGAGGGGAGAGUGCCAGCCGCAGGAGUCUUUAGCAAUCUAAGUGCAGUUUCUCUGUAUGGAAAUAAUCAGCUAUGCGGAGGUGAUCCAAAGCUGAAACUACCUGUUUGUUUCAUUGAUGACUCUAAAGCUUCAAGAAAGAUCAGGAUUCCUGUUCUGAUAGGAAUAAUUGUAUCUGUGAUCGUGUUUGUAUGUUUGUGCUUCUUAUCUCUGAUUGGCGUCGCUCGUUAUAAGAAGAGAAAACCUAGAAAAUUAUUCCCAUCAGUAACGUUCUCUGAUGACCACUAUAGAAAAGUUUCUUAUGGUGAAUUGCGCAAAGCUACGGAUGGAUUCUCUUCAGAGAGCCUGAUCGGUGAAGGAACUUUUGGGUCUGUUUACAAGGGAAGGAUCAACGGUUACAAGAAUGAUGUUGCCAUCAAAGUGCUUAAAUUACAGGAGAGAGGAGGUUUUAAUAGUUUCAUGGCAGAAUGUGAGGCGUUGAGAAACAUUCGUCAUCGAAAUCUCGCUAAGAUCCUUACUUCCUGCUCAACCAUUGAUGUUGAAGGUAAUGAAUUUAGAGCUCUAGUAUUUGAGUUCAUGCCCCAUGGGAGUUUAGAAGAGUGGCUGCAUCCAAAAGGCCUUGCGAAUUUUCAAGCGUGCGGGUUAGGCUUUACUCAGAGAUUAAACAUAGGUAUUGAUGUGGCUUCUGCCGUGGAGUAUCUUCAUCACAAUGGCGAUACUCCAAUUGUCCAUUGUGAUCUAAAGCCCAGCAACGUUCUUCUCGAUAAUGACAUGAAUGCUCGUGUUACUGAUUUUGGCUUGGCAAGAUUUCUUAAUGGAAACAAAGGCGUAAAAGAUCAAGAUGCUAGUUUCUCGGUUGGGAUUAAAGGUUCAAUAGGCUACAUUGCACCAGAAUAUGGGAUCAGCAAUCAAGUCUCUACACAAGGAGAUGUGUACAGUUACGGAAUACUACUACUCGAGAUACUCACACGAAAGAGACCCACUGAUGACAUGUUUCAAAAUGGCAUAACACUUCGUGAAUUUGUGGAGAAGUCCUUUCCAGAUAAAAUACUGGAGAUUGUGGAUCCUCAACUGUUCUCAUUAGAGAAGAACAAUAAUGGGGACAACCUUAACCGGAGCACUGCGGAAGAGUUACUGAAAGGAUUCUUGCUCUCAUUGAUCAAGAUUGGCCUCUGUUGCUCGAGAGAGAAUCCAAAUGCAAGGCCACAUAUGAGAAAUGUUGUUACCGAGAUGGAUGCAUCCAGAAGUGCAUAUUUCAGUUUGAACAAUUAGAGGACGAUGAUUCAGAAUUCCAAUGGGAGCAAUAGUUCAUUUAUGCCAUUUGCUGUUUAUUCAUCUGCCUAGCUUGUUUUGUUUGUAACUUUGCUUAUCAAGAUAUAUAAUACAAGUUUGUGCCUUGUAGAAAAAUAUGGUAUUUGUGGAUUUUUAAUAGACGUGUUGUACGAUUCCUACCCUCUUA